UUGACUACGAAGUGGUCAAGUGGAAGAAGAGUGCAAAGCAUGGCCGACUCCGUCAAGCUGAAUCUGCAGGCGCCAGAGACAACGACGACGUAUGGAAGCGCAGUGUCGUCAAAAUCACUGGACUCGGGGUCGUGGGCCCGCCGCGCGGGUGUGCUGCACUGUGUUGACAUUCGCAAGUGGCACUACGCGUACAUGGCCGUCUUGUUCGUCGACUUUCUUGCGCAGAUGGCGUUCUUGUCAUUCGUAUCCGAGGGCCUCCACCGCUUCGAGUUCUACUUGCGUUUGGUGUGGGCCAUCUCUGCCACAUGCAUGACAUUGUACGUGUUGGACAUGGUGUUGCGACUCGGCUCCCUGCGCGGAGCGGUGCUCCAGUCGUUCGCGGCGAUAUUGGACUUCCUUGUCCUCGUGGCACUCCUUGUGUGCCUCUACUUUCGGUACUACAACCUCGAAGUCGUGUUUUGGUGGACCAUGGCGUCGUUCAUUCUCACCGCGCUUCACGUUGUGCUCAAGCCCAAAACGCGCGUGUUCUCGAAAAAGUUUCACAAGUUUCGCGCCGGCUUUGAGAAGAUCCACAUAUCAGUCGCCAGUGUUCGCGCCAGCUUGUACAAAAUCCCAGGCAUGGUCGCCGACGAUAUCUUAACGCUAGAUCGCAAGUUGACGCAAAUUGCCGGCAAUGCCGACGGUGCAAUGUCGCGCACCAAGCUCAUGACGUUUCUCGAGCUCGCCCUCGUGUACCGCCCCAAGGAGUGCUCCGUGUCCGAGUUCCUGGGCUACCUGCGUGAUGUAGACGCGUCCACUUACUCAUACGGCGCUGUGGACGUUGUGACGUCAACGCUGCGUCACUGGGCCGGGCAAACAUGCGACUUACUCAUGGUCGUGCUUGUCGUGUGCAUGAACGCGUCCAUCAACCCACUGCAAGCGCUCUUUCUCAACUUGUUGGCUGACCAAGCUUUCAUUAAGAGCCCGACGAUGGACCAGGACACGGCACUUGUGUACGGCGUCGUGGGGCUCCUGGCGCUCUGCAUUCCGUUUGCGCUGGGUGAUGCCAUGAUCGGGUACUUCCAGUCCAAGAUGAUAUCCAAGGCGACGGCGCAACUACAGUGCAGUUUGCUCCAAACGAUCUUAAGUCAACCGACGUCGUUCUUUGCGGCGCGGUCGGAUGGCGACCUGAACAACUUGUUUGGGUCCGACUUGGCACGGGUCAACGGCCUGUGGCAAGCUGUGUUUUGGAAUCUGAUCAACCCCCUUGUGUCGAUCCUCUUUGGGUUUGGGUACCUCUUGUACUCGCAGCCCCCUCUCGGUCUCCUCUCGUUUGCAUUUGCUUUCGUCCUCGUCACGUCGGGACCACAAGGGUACGCCGCCAAGCAAUCGAAAGCAUUUGGGUCUCAAAAUGCAUACGUCGCGUCGGACUUUGCCAAUGCCAUCUCGUGCCAAAAGGUCGUUCGAGCGUAUGCGCUCCAGCCGACACUGCUGUCCAAGUUCCGUGUGGUCGUCGAUACCCUCCAAAGCGCUCAGUUCCGCAAGGACUUUUGGUCGGGCAUUGUGCAAAUCUACGUCGAGUCGGCCAUGUAUAUUUUCGUGGCUGUCAUGACAGCGUCGCUGGCGAUUCAAGUGCGCCAGGGCAAACUCACGUCGGGCCAGUUUUUUGCGUUUGUCACGAUGCUGGCCCGCGUGUCGUCGCCCGUCACGAUCUUGGGUGGCUUCAUGCGAGUGGCGAUUGGCAAUGCAUCAAGUUUGCAGCGCUUGGAUAUGCUGUUGGCGCUCCCCGCCACGCAGGCGGUGUCACCGACGGCAACGACCACGAUGCCCCCGAUGAAAUCGUCCGUGACCUUUGAAAACGUCUCGUUUCAAUACAAGAAGGGCGGCGCCAACGUCCUCAACAAACUCAGCGCCACGAUUCCAAAAGGUGCUUACACUUGCCUCGUCGGUCCCAGCGGGUGCGGGAAGAGUUCGCUCUUGAGCUGCUUGAUGCAGUUUAACGCGAUCACGGACGGUGCCAUUGCGAUCGACAACGUCGACAUCAAAGCGUACACCAAGCAGAGCGUGAUGGCUCAGAUUGCCGUCGUGUUCCAAGACGGCGGUAUUUUAAACGGCACUGUUCUCGAAAACAUUCGCUAUGGCAACGAGUCGGCGACUGUCGAAGAGUGCAUCGAAGCGGCCAAGUGGGCGGAAGCCGACAAGUUUGUCACCAAGCUGCCCCAAGGCUACGACACCAUCAUGGGCCAGCACGCCACGUGCAACAUGAGCGGUGGCCAAGUGCAGCGCAUUUGCCUUGCCCGCGCCCUUGUGCGCAAACCAAGUUUGCUUUUGCUGGACGAAGCCACGAGCGCGUUGGACCCCGAAACGGAAGCGUCGAUCGUACGCACGCUGGAAACCCUGUCGCGAGACAAUCACAUGACAAUUCUGUCGGUAUGAUCGAUGCGAAUGCGACGUCUUCUGACUGUAGUUUGGGUCGUGGCGUCAUGUCAGUGGCAUGCUUGGCUUGGAAUGCUCGAUUCACGUGGCGUUUGGGGUGCAUUGUUAGGUCACGCAUCGGUUGUCGACGGCUCGAAACGCCGACUUGAUCUUGGUCUUGGACAAAGGCGCGGUCGCUGAGAGUGGCACGUACGACAGCUUGGUGGACACCCCCGAGAGCUUGUUCUCGGAGAUGGUGGCUCUUAGCGAGUCGGCGGCAGAGAAUGAGGACCAGGGGUCGUCCCGAGGGGCCAAGCACGUCGUUGCUGAAGCCGGCAAACAUGCGGCCGAACUGGAAACGUUCAAGCACUAUCUCGGGACCAAGGCGAAAGUUCAAGGGUCGAUCUUGACGACCGUGGCGUUUCAACGAAGCGCGGGGUCGAAGCACGACUUGGCCGCGCACGACGAGCCGCUGCUUCACGAAACCAACCUAGGCGACCAAGACCAAACCAAGUACGCGGUCUUGUAGUCGUCGUGUAAAUCUCGUAUCCCCAACAAACUGCUUUCGGUGGUUCCUGCGUCGCGAGAAACCUCCUCCACUGCCAACACAGGACAGCACGCGAGUCGAUGGCGGCGAGCGUUUCACGCCGG